UUACGUCGGCCGGUGUCGUACAUUUUGCAGAAUCACCAUGGCGUUGAAAGAGACUGCGGGGCUGUAUGAGACUCUCAAGGCAGAAUGGAACAAGAAAAACCCAAACCUGAGCAAAUGUGGGGAACUUCUUAGCAAACUUAAGAUUUCAUUACUGGAGCUGAACUUUUUACCUACAACUGGGUCUGCACUCACCAAGCAGCAGCUCAUCUUAGCUCGUGAUGUCCUUGAAAUUGGAGCCUUGUGGAGUAUCCUCAAGAAGGACAUCCCAUCCUUUGAGAGAUACAUGGCUCAGCUAAAGUGUUACUACUUUGAUUACAAGGAUGAACUGCCUGAAGCAGCCUACAUGCACCAGCUACUUGGACUGAACCUGCUCUUCCUGCUGUCACAGAACCGUGUGUCUGAGUUUCACACAGAACUGGAGAGGUUGAGCGCACGAGAUAUUCAAACCAACGUAUACAUCAGACACCCAGUGUCCUUAGAGCAGUACUUGAUGGAGGGAAGCUACAACAAGGUAUUUCUGGCCAAAGGCAACAUCCCUGCAGAGAGCUACACCUUUUUUAUAGAUAUCCUGCUUGACACAAUUCGGGACGAGAUUGCAGGUUGCAUAGAGAAGGCGUACGAGCAGAUCCAGUUCAGUGAAGCCACUCGUGUGCUUUUCUUCAGUUCCCCAAAAAAGAUGACAGACUAUGCCAAGAAGAGGGGAUGGAGUUUGAGCGCAGACGGCUAUUACUCUUUCACCAGUCAGCAGCAGCGGACAGAGGAGGUGACCAUCCCCUCCACGGAGCUGGCACAACAGGUCAUCGAAUACGCACGACAGCUGGAAAUGAUUGUGUAAUCCGCCCCCAGGAACACUCUCAGCCAUGUACAGACACACUCAGACAAACACGCCACCGAUCCAGUGUACAUCCAGUCAGCUCAGAUGCAGUUUCACUAAAGGGAUAUGACUUCAUUUAUUGCCAGAGCGGUUGAUUUGUUGCCCAUACCUCAAAAAAUCAAUCAACAUUUAUCUUUUCUGUUCUCAUAAAUCCACCUGCAGGUCUUCCUGUCAAUUGAGCACUUGCUACAUGUCUAUCUUUAACGAAAGAUAUCUAAAGGUUUAAGAGUUCAUUAUUUUACCCAAGAUGCCGUCUGUCAUGCAUUAAAACAGAGCUUUUUAUGGAUCAUUCCCAAAUAGUGAUAGCAAAACAAGAACUUCAUGCCCGGCCACUUUGAGAACUUGGGCCUCGGUUCUUUUACAACUACAGCGUUCAGUUCAUCACAAUCACCACCCCGUGGCUUCUAGUGUCACACAACUGUCAACACACCUCAAGCUUUUCUUUUUGUACACAAAGGUUUCUCCUCAGUAGAACUCACAGAAAUGUAUUGCCCUUGCCUUGUAUCUGCAACCAAAUGGUUUGCCAUUGAAGUUUGUGUUUUCUAAAUAGUAACGCCUCUUCCUCCCUCGAUGGUUUGUAAUCCAGUUGAUCUUACAAUGCAAAUAUUUGUCUGCAAUAAACGACUCGGAAAAUAAACUUUUUGAACGAC